AUGCAACAUCGGCUGCCUCAAGGGAAGCUUGACCAAUCAAACCAGAUAAAUAAUUUGGGAUCCAAGACCAUGCGCACCUCAGUUAUGAUGAGUAUAAUACUGCUCUCGCCGGGGCCGCAUUGUUCCUCGGUGGGGGCGCUCCCCGCGACGGGCACGCCGUCCCCCGCCGCCCCCCGGCUCCACGUAAAACGAUGCUAUUGGUUGGAAGAAGAAAGGAGCAUUGGUAAAGUUGUCGUGACUGCCGAGCGCCUAGCGAAGCACCACUCGGCGCGCGGGGAAUUAAACAACAACAUGAAAAUUAAAGGGUCCCAUUCGGCCCCGCAAGCGACGGUCAGUUUUGUCUUCCGGCGACACAUGCUGCAGAAUAGAAAGGCGUCCGCGUACAAAGCGGUCCUUUGCAUUUUUAAAAUCUCCACAUUCGCAGUGGCCUGCGGAGAAUGGAAAAAGUUAUGCUGUUUGACCGACAGUCGGAAUUCGAAAUCUUGCUCACGUUGUUUGUCGGACAAGACUGAAUUUGGAAAUGCUCGCGUUACCUCGCACGUGGAGAGUUCGGGUCGUCUUGUCAAAAAGGAGCAGAGAAAGGAGGGCAUUGUUUUCUUAAACAUUCCAACACAAAAGUCCUUUCAGUGGGGCGAACGAUCGCGCGGAUGUUUUCUAUUCUACGCCAGCGAAUCCAGUUGCGCAGCCGGCGUUAACGAAGUAACGCGGUGCUCAUUAGUGAAGAGAGCCAGAGGAUUUCGGUCGCUCAAGCGAACGCGUUUAAAACGGUCUUCGGAUUCGAGGCCGGAGUUGGUUUAUACUUUCAUCGAACAAGCAGUCCAGCCCGGAGCCCAGGUGGCCUUAAAGUGCUCGGCCGUUGGCGAGCCACCUCCUAGAUUUAGAUGGACUUUGGACAGUCAACCUAUACCACCUCAUCAUGGUGCGAUAAUUACUGAAGGGCGUGAGAGUGGACCUUCUGGCAUUGGGACGAACAACAACUACAUCCUGUCAACGUUGUCACUAAGCAGUGCCAGGGUGGAACAUGGGGGCCGGUAUGAAUGCCGCGCCACGAAUACUCAUGGUUCCGUAGCGCACGCAGCAAGGCUAAACGUCUAUGGGCCUCCGUAUAUUCGAGCAAUGAACCCCGUUAAGGCUGUUGCGGGCUCGGAAAUUACUAUCUGGUGCCCAUAUUAUGGAUUCCCGAUAGAUUCAGUGAAGUGGGAAGGUGGUGCCGGAGCUGAUCCGAGGUACCAUCAAGUAGAUGGCCAGCUGACUAUUACAAAUGUCGACCGUAAUCGCGACAAAGGCGGCUGGAUUUGUUCAGUCUUGACCCCCGGCGGGGAAUUGGCUAGACGUGAGGUCCAAGUAUCAGUCGUGUCGCCGCCAGUCCUCUCGCCGAUAGUAUUCCCACCCGGACUGCGAUCGGGCGACCGGUCACAGCUGACAUGCACCGUAACGUCGGGGGACAUGCCCGUUUAUUUUUCAUGGCUGAAAGACCAGAUGCCAAUAUCGAGCGUGCUCCAGGUCGACGAACGUGGCGCGGAAUUUUAUAGCAUGCUCCUGUUUAAAAGUCUUACUGCGGCACAUAGCGGCACAUACACAUGCGUUGUAACAAACACUGCGGGAAAAGCUAAUACAUCAGCUGAAUUGGCUAUCAAAGUUCCUCCAUAUUGGCAACUCGAGCCGUCGGACACAGCCGUUUUACUUAACGGUUCCCUUACUAUAAGUUGCGAGGCUAGAGGCCACCCCCCACCUACAAUUUAUUGGACUAAAUUUGCUGGCAGUACAGAAACCUCUUUGGGUGGGGUGUCAGAACCUGUCGUGCUUAAUAACGGUUCGUUAAGAUUGGAAUCAGCUCGAGCUGAGCAUUCGGGGCGGUAUCGCUGCAGAGCGGAUAAUGGGGUACCGCCGCCGUUAACGAAAACGCUAACCAUACACGUGAACGAGCCGGCGAGAUUCGAGACCCCGUCGGUUAACGUUACCGCGAAACUCGGGGAGACUGUAAGGCUUGCGUGUGUCGCGCGUGGCGAUAACCCCCUCUCAAUGACGUGGAGUAGUUCCGGUCGCGCUCUGCCAAACUCUGAUUAUCGGAUGAGCAUAUCCGAGACGCGGAGCGCAGAAGGUCUGAGAAGUGAAUUAGUUUUGGAACGCGCUGACAGAAGGGACUCUGGGGUAUACCGAUGUCAAGCGUCAAACCCUUACGGCCGGUCAGAUCACUUCGUGCACCUCGGUGUUCAAGAACCACCCGAACCACCCGCUAAUUUUCGCGUACUAGAAACGGCUUCUCGUACCGUUCGGCUACAAUGGCGUCGCCCGUACGACGGAAACUCGCCGGUGAUCGGCUACAUAGUACAAUAUCGGAAGCACGACUCGACGAGCCCCGAUUCUUGGAGAGACGCCGAUACCCACAAUGUCUCUGUAUCGGCGCAUUCAGAUACCUACACAGAGGUAGAAGGGGCUACGAUAUCUGGUCUAGAGCCGGCCACAGCUUAUUUAGUAAGAGCAAGAACUGUCACAGCACAGUUCGCUUCGACUCACACGAGGGCACUCCUGGCGUUAACUCUACACGAGCCUCCCUCCCGAGCACCAAUCAGCCUUCGCGCUUCGGCACCAAGACCUACAACUGUUGAAUUAGCGUGGCAGGCCCCUCCUGCAUCCACUUGGAACGGUGAAUUACUCGGAUAUACCGUUUGGUGGUGGCCAUCUGCUGAUGGCACUUUGGCUGGUGGCGCCAAUGUUGGGAUGGAGUUCGCGACGGUUCGGGGUCAAAUCAAUAAGUACACUAUCGAAGGCCUAGAGCACUACACGCGAUAUUCAAUAAGUGUAAGAGCAUUCAACAGCGCCGGGGCUGGUCCAGCUACAGCAUCAGUUAAUACGCUAACGCAAGAAAGUGUUCCAACAGAAGGCCCUCGGGCAGUGAGAUGUCGUACUGUGUCGCCUCAAAGCCUAAAAGUGGAGUGGUCACCACCACCAGCGCAUGCCCACCAUGGAGCCUUACUCGGAUACAAGCUACUGUACCGCCCUGAACAUACGACAGAUUGGCUGGAGUGGGAAGUACGUGGUGGCGGAGGUCUGAGCGUGGUCGCUGGUGCGGAGGUGAAGCGGGUGGCGGGCGUGGAAACGCUUUUGUUGGCACUAAGGCCGCACAUGAACUACACGAUACAGGCUCUAGCGUAUACAGCGGCGGGUGACGGCGUUCCCGCUCACCCCAUACAUUGUACCACACACCAAGACGUGCCUGGACCACCAGCCGCAGUGAAAGUGGUUGCAACGUCGGUAUCUUCUCUAGCAGUCAGCUGGCUGCCUCCAAGUCGACCCAACGGACCGAUUUUAUAUUACACAGUGUUUUAUCGCGAACUCGGAAGGGACAGGCCACCACAAACUACUACCGUACAAGCAGAAGACGGAGAAUCUUCCGUUGGCUUAGGCGGAUCGACCGAACUAAGGUCACUAUCUGAGGGUGCCACGUACGAAGCUUGGGUCGCUGCCCACUCCGUGGCUGGCGAGGGCGAGCCCUCCGCCCCGCAACCAGCCACGACUACAUCGAGAGCGACAGUCAGGCUGUUGUCAUUCGGUGUAUGGGCACGAGUUAAAUGCGGCCAUUCGUUGAAGUUGGCAUGCGCUUGGCGUGGCGAGCCUGCACCGAGGGCCCGUUGGCUGCGCGGUGACAGACCAGUGACACAUGACCCCAGGACGCAUUUGACGCCACAUGGACACUUGUCGAUACACGAAGUCGACGCUUCCACGAGUGGAAACUAUACGUGCGCUGCCCGUAACGCCUUCGGAUCAGAGGAAGUCACUUACCGUGUACAGUGCGCCUCGCCACCGUCCGCGCCAACCCUUACAUUAGACCACGCCGAACACAAGGAAGCGAAACUUACGUGGCGGACUACACACCACCCCGCUGCUCCCCCACACGGAUAUACAAUUUGGUGGACACGCGUAAGGGACGAUUCCGGCGAUGGACUAGACUCUAUUAACCCGCGUGGCGAAGAAGAACGCAGAUUGGAAGCCGGCGGAGAAGCAUCUAGUGUCAUUCUACGAGCGCUAUCCUGUGGGGCGACGUACUCCAUUAGAGCGGUGGCCCACUCGAGAGCUGGCCCCUCACCGUCAUCCGCUCCGUUACUAGUACGGACGAAGCCUCCAGUGUUAGUUUGGGAAGGAGGGGGAGAGUUAGAAGACCAGGGCGCUGAAGCGGCGGUUUGGAGCAACAGCAGCUCGCUAGCGGUAGACGCGAGGAGAGCAGUUCGUUGUGGCGCGAGGCUCGUCCGUCUGCAGUGGCGAAGAGCUGACGCCGGCAGCACGGUGCCUUGGAGGGACGCCGAUCUCACUUCGUUGCAUCAUCAUCGUGAAGUGGUGAUCAACGGUUUGGCAACGGGCGCGUGGUACGCUCUUCGUCUUUGGACGGCUACUGAAUCAGCUCGACACCAAGCGAUUAUCUAUGCAGCGACUACCACGCAUUCAGGCGAGAGACUUCGGCGGCCAGUAGCCUUCCAGUCUGAAGGCGGGGCUCCCCCUGCCGUCGGUGCAGCGGAUUCGGAACGGGUAUUAGGAGCCGUCUCGCUGGCGUUUGCCGCCCUCGCAGCCCUAGCAGUUGCCGCUUUACUUCUCGUUCUGCUGGCAAAGAGGAGUACGCUGUGGCCAUGCGGUGGACCCGUGGACGAAGAGGCGCGGCGAUGCAGCCACUCCGCUGCAAGCACUGACAAAUCCGUUUGCCCUGAACAGCAGAACAUUCGUAACUGCCAACAUGACUACAAGCACGACAAACUGUCGCCAGCAUCAGAUGUAUACGAAAUAAGUCCAUACGCCACUUUCGCCGUGGGCGGCGAAGCUACAGCCGCAACUUUGGACCACACGCUCCAGUUCCGAACUUUUGGCCACCGUGACAACGACGCCCCUCCGCACCGGCCUUGCAGAAAGCAUCCGCAGCGACAUCGGGACCGAGAAGUUGAAAAACAUCACUCCGACUGCGAGUUGCAACAGUUAAGUCGGUACGAGAAGGUAAGGCCAAGACAUUGUGCGGGUUCCUCAUAUUGCGUCCCCCUCACGCAUCACGGCGGUGGUGGCGGUAGCGCUGGCGGUGGUGGCAGCGGCGGCGGCUUCUCCGAGGUGUACGCGGGCGAUUCCAGCGUGGAGUCCGGCCCUGGAUCAUUGUCACCUCGCACGCACCACGAGCACAGC